AUGCUCAGCCGCCUGACCCCUACUGCGCGCUUCGCGCUCUCCUUCCCCGCCCGUCGCGGCUUCGCGUCGACCGCCUUCCGCCUCAACUCGAAGCUCUACGCCAGCGCUGACACCGCCAUCGACGCCGUCAAGAAGGGCGACACCGUCCUCGCCUCCGGCUUCGGUCUCUGCGGCCUGCCCAAUACCCUCAUCGACGCUCUGAGCAAGAAGCCCGAGAUCAACGAGCUUACCGGUGUUUCCAACAAUGCCGGCGCCUACGUCAACGGCGAGAACAAGGGUCUCGGCAAGCUCCUCGCGACCAAGCAGCUCCGCAAGGUCAUUGCUUCGUACAUUGGAUCGAACAAGCCCCUGGAGCAGAUGUACAUGCACGGCGAGAUCGAGCUCGAGCUGACCCCGCAAGGCACGCUUGCUGAGCGCAUGCGUGCCGCGGGAGCCGGCAUCCCCGCCUUCUACACGCCGACGGGCAACAACACGCCCGUCCAGCAGGGCACCAUCCCCUCCAAGCACGACAAGGACGGCAAGCCCCUCGAGUACCCGAAGCCCCGCGAGCAGCGUGUCUUCAACGGACGCGAGUACUGCCUCGAGGAGAGCAUCUACGGCGACGUUGCCCUCAUCCGCGCCUGGAAGGUCGACGAGGCCGGAAACGCCAUCUUCCGCUACACCGCCAACAACUUUGCGACUGCCAUGGCCAAGAGCGCCAAGAUCACCAUUGUUGAGGCCGAGCACAUCGUCCCCGUCGGCACCUUUGACCCGAUGGAGAUCCACCUCCCCGGCAUUUACGUGAACCGCAUCGUCCAGGCGACGACGCCGAAGGAGAUCGAGAUCGAGUCCGUCCGUCCCGCCGAGGGCGAGGAGGACCCCGCUGCCGGCGCUCUCGGCAAGGGCGAGGCGCGCGCUCGUCGCGAGCAGAUUGUCCGCCGUGCGGCCAAGGAGCUCAAGGACGGCUACUACGUCAACCUCGGCAUUGGCAUGCCGACGCUCAUCCCCAGCUUCAUCCCUGAGGGCAUGAAGGUGUGGCUGCAGUCCGAGAACGGUCUGCUCGGCAUGGGCCCUCUCCCUACUCGCGAGGAGAUGGACGCCGACGUCAUCAACGCCGGCAAGGAGACUGAUGUGGCAGCGCCAAGUCGUGAACACACGCUCACAACCUCAGUCACCAUGGCCCCCGGUGCCUCUGUCUUCUCAUCUGACGAGUCCUUCGCCAUGAUUCGCGGCGGACACAUCGACGUCUCCGUCCUCGGUGCCAUGGAGGUCUCGGCGGCCGGAGACCUCGCCAACUUCAUGAUUCCCGGCAAGCUCGUCAAGGGAAUGGGCGGCGCAAUGGACCUGGUGUCUUCUCCCGACCAGACGAAGAUUAUCGUGACAACUGACCACACCGAUAAGCACGGCAAGCCCAAGAUCGUCCAGGAGUGCUCCCUGCCCCUCACUGGAUCCCGCUGCGUCAGCCUUAUCAUCACCGACCUCGCCGUCUUCGACGUUGACAGGAAGAACGGCAAGCUGACUCUCAUCGAGCUCCAGCCCGGAGCGACGCUGCAGGAGGUCAAGGACAAGACGGGAGCCAAGUUCGACAUUGGACCCAACGUUGAGGAGAAGGCUGUUUAA